AUGUACGAGACUCCAGGAGAAACAAUAUUUAGCAACAGCGAAUAUCAAUGUGAUCACACCUCGCAUUCUAAUCCAAACGCUACUUGGUCACUACAAGACGCAGUGGCAUCAGCAUGCGGGCAGACCUGGGACAAGGCACAAACGAUAAACAAAUGGGGAUGCGGACUCGAUAUCCAACUUAACACAUGGACCAGGAAAUCAUUCAGGACACCUUACUAUGACCAAAGAAUCGAAAAAGAAAAACGUCGAAUUAUGACCGACUACGCCGUGAAAGACUGCAUUGCAGUGACCAACCUGUAUUUCAUCAUGAAUCCAUCAACAACAUUCAACACGAAUCGAUAUGAAACACCAGUGACCGACGAACAUAGAAUGUACAUUCAUGAUAUCGUCGACAUACGUGAAAACGAAGACGAAGAAAUCCUUCAAUUGUUAUCGAACCCAGUCCAUCAUCAACAAAAACUAUCAAUACAAAUUACAGCAGAAGAAAUGAACGAAUUAAACUCACAACCCCAGACACCAGAACCACAACAAGAUCCACUACGACCCGUAGAAACUGAAGAAGAACGAAAACAACGGAAGAAAGAAAAACAAGAAAGAAAAAAACGAGAAAUUCAAGGAGAAGAAACGAAACCGAUCGGAUUUCAAGCAUGA